AUGGGUUCAGCAUGUUAAAAGGUGCUCUCUGAAAAAUCUUAAAAUUAAGAAAUUGAUGAUAUUGAAUCGGAUGACUUUAAAAUAGAGAAAGAACAAUAACCUUUAAAAGUUCAUAAAGGAGGUAGAAAAGCCUUACAUAAAAGUAAAAGACUGUCCAAGAAUAUCGAGAUGGAUUAGGUAAUUUAGGAUUCUAUGAUUUAUUCUUUUGAUCAAAAGAACUAAUAACAUAAGUCAGACCUCUAAAAAUCGACAUAUUCAAGUUCAGAGAAAAAUUUGUUUGUUUAAGAGAAUUAAAAACAGUUAAUUGGCAUCAUGAAAUAACAUGGAUCCCAUUAAUUGAUUAAGACCUCCUUAAAAGGCUUGUCAACUAUCAAUAGCAAACUAUAAUUAUCUAGCCCAAAAAUUAAAGACCAUCAAGAAAAACAUGUCCGAUUUAAAUUACCAAAAUCACACAAAUAACAAUAAAGACCUCAUUCAAAAAUAAGAAAUAGAAUAAAUUCUUAACCUUCUUAUAAUCUAUGA